AUGUCCCAGAGGAUGAGGAGGUUGAAGUACGGGUGUGGGCGACCUGGAGAUAGAAUGUCGUUGGAGGAGGUAGAUGAUCAAGAUAAGUGCAGAUCUAUGUCCAGAAGAAGCAGAAGAAGUUUGACUCAGGACAUGGAGAAAUUGGCAAAGACGGCCAAAGUCUCAGAAGUCUAUUCGCCCCCAAGGAUGGGACCGAUAGCAAAGAAGAAAGAAGAAGGCACAGCCUUUGAUCUUGCCACGGGAUGGGAUCUGGGUGAUCCGGCCCAGGUGAAGCGAAUGUGGCAAACUCUCCAAGAAGAAGAUCCUGAAUUGGUGAUGCUUGGCAAUGGAGACGAGGCAUGGUUCUUGUUCGAACACCCGAAAGGGGCCAAGUCAUGGCAUGAAGCAGAAGUGAAGGAGGUGGAGCAACUGGAAGGUGUUCAGGUGGUCGAGUGCGACAUGUGCAUGUUCGGUUUGAGGGUGAGACAUGGCCUCAACAAGAAGCCGACGUGGUUGAUGACAAAUUGUGAAGAAAUAGCGCGCGAGAUGAGAAGGAAAUGUGAUCAUUCGCACUUUCAUGAACCACCUGAGGCAGAAGGACUCACCAGAAAAGCUCAGGAGUACACCAAAGACUUCUGCGAGGCCGUGAUUCAAGGACUGAGGAAAGCUCUCAAAGCAAAAAAACGAGUCGAAGAGUGCUUCAUGGGCGAGCACGACGAAGAAGAUGAUGACCUGGAGGAGGCGCUAGAAAGACGGCUCGUUGAAGAGGUUGACAAAGAACCAAGGCCAGGGGAAGAUGCUCCAAGCUAUGAGCCAACUCCACAUGAGAAGCAAAUGGUGAUGAAGUUGCAUCGUGGAGUCGGACAUCCUCAAAUCAAUGAACUGGUCCGGCUGAUGAGAGCUGCCAGGGUGAGGGGAGAGAUAGUCAGGUGGACGGCAAAGCACUUCAAGUGCGAAGCAUGCGCUGCAAAUCCCGAGCCAAAGGCAGUUCGACCGGUGGCCAUCCCAAGGACCUAUCAGCCCUGCAAGGUGAUUGGCAUGGACUUGAUCUUCAUUCCAGAAGUUGGAGGCGGCAGUGCAUUUCCCGCUUUGUCCAUAGUGGACUGGGGCACGAACUACCAGAUGGUAGAGAAGGUGUUGGCGGUGGAUGCAGGAAAGGAAUUUUCCUCAAGAAUGAUGAAUCUGGCAGCCUCACAUGGCAUCGUCACCCAUCAGAUUGCAGCCAGGGCGCCCUGGCAACAAGGAAAGACAGAGAGGCAUGGAGCCCAUUACAAAGACCUCCUUGAGAAAGCUCGAGCAGAGGCAGUGGCGAGCUCAGAAGAUGAGCUUCGAAGAUUAAUGCAGGAAGUGGAGAUGGUCAAGAACCGGUUUUCAAACAGGCUGCAGUUAGUUACCGAUGACAUGGAAAGACAGUUGGAGCGCCGAAGAGUCGCGCAGAAGGCCUUUGUUGAACACAAUGAGACGGUCAAGAAGGCCUUCCGGGCAAGAAGUCGACCUCCACAAGAAUUCUCUGCAGGAGACUAUGUCUACGUGUACCGUGUACCGCAUCAACGGAAACGACGAGUUGGAGGCCCAGACUUCGUGGAUAGGGCUACGGCCAAGCCAUACUGGGUGGGGCCCGGCACGGUCAUCUCGAUUGAAGGAGCCAGCCUGUGGAUUAGCAUGUUUGGGGAACUGUGGAAGACGGCCCGGGAACAAUGCAUUGAAGUGAUCAUGCAGGACUGCAAGGAGCUGUUGGAGGAAUAUCGAAAGCGAUCCAAUCGAGCCGGAUUCAAAGACCUCACUCAGGAGCCGUGGCCUGAAGAAGAAGAACAAGAUGGGGAAAGACAUGGAGUGAAGAGAAGCCGAGAGGCCGAGGUCGAUGAACAAGGAGGAAAUCCGGCAUCUGAAGGAGGAGAAGAGGCUCAUAUAGGAGGACAGCUGAUGAGCCAGAAGAAGAGUGCAUUGAAGAAGAAAGAGUUGAUCGGGGGCAACCUGUGGAAGAAGGGGCAUGAUGAGAUCCUCGCGCUGGCUUCCGCCCAAAGCGAUGAGCAGCUGCGAGGUUGCCUGGCAAUAGUGGGUGCGGAGAGUCUCUUCGACUACUUGUCCCGGGAGACCAUCGGGGGACAGGAUCGGCGGACCGCCAUUGAG